AUGGAAGCUUACGAGGGGGACGAGCACUGGGAAAAGGCCAGUCAACCUAACUGGCGCGGGUUGGGAUUGACCGAUCCCAUCAAGUGUGUAGAGGACAAAUGGCUCUUGCUUCCGGCCUUCCUCAAAGUAAAGGGUCUGGUGAAGCAGCACAUUGACUCGUUCAACUACUUCGUGGACGUCGACAUCAAGAAUAUAUUGAAGGCGAACAACAAAGUCACGUCGGAUGUUGACCCCCGCUUCUGGCUGAAGUACACGGACAUCCAUGUCGGGUUUCCUGAUCGCACGGACGCAGACGCGAUUGACAAGACCGUUACGCCGCACGAGUGUCGCUUGCGGGACACGACGUACAGCGCGCCGAUCCUCGUGACAAUCCAGUAUACGCGAGGAAAGAAUGUUGUGCGGAGAGCGAACGUCAACAUCGGUCGACUUCCUAUCAUGCUUCGGAGUAACAAGUGCUGGCUGAACGGGAGGAACGAGGCGCAGCUUGCGCGAAUGACGGAGUGUCCUCUGGAUCCAGGAGGGUACUUCAUUGUUAAGGGCACGGAGAAGGUCAUUCUCGUCCAAGAACAGCUUAGCAAGAACCGCAUUAUUGUCGAAGUUGACCCGACGAAGGGCAUCGUGCAGGCGUCAUGUACAUCAUCUACGCAUGGAGGUCUCAAGUCGAAAACCUACGUCGCCACCAAGAAAGGCAAAAUAUACCUUCGUCACAACUCGAUACACGAGGACGUGCCGAUCGCUAUCGCGCUCAAGGCGCUCGGUAUUCAGUCCGACAAGGAGAUUCUCCUCCUAACGGCGGGCAACCACGAGGCUUACAAGUCUGCUUUCUCGCCGAAUCUCGAGGAGGCGGCUAAGCUAGGCAUCUUCACCCGACACCAAGCUCUCGAGUGGAUCGGAUCUCGGGUGAAAGUCAAUCGGCGGGUAGUUGGACCGAGGCGGCCUACUUGGGAGGAGGCGCUGGAAGCGCUUGCGACCAUUGUACUGGCGCAUGUACCUGUGCAUGGGUUGGACUUCCGAUCCAAGGCCAUCUUUGUCGCCACAAUGACACGACGCGUACUUAUGGCCAUGGACGACGAGAAGAUGGUCGACGAUAGGGAUUACGUCGGUAACAAGCGCCUUGAAUUGGCGGGACAGCUCCUGGCGCUACUGUUCGAAGAUCUCUUCAAAACGUUCAACGCCAAUCUUAAGUCGGCCAUCGACAAGGUGCUGAAGAAGCCUUCUCGGACUAGCGAGUUUGAUGCCUUCAACACGAUGCAGUUCCAGGGCGACCACAUUACCUCCGGCUUCGUGCGCGCGAUCUCUACCGGGAACUGGUCGCUGAAGCGGUUCAAGAUGGAACGCGCCGGCGUCACGCACGUCCUCAGCAGACUCUCUUUCAUUUCCGCCCUCGGAAUGAUGACGCGUAUCUCGUCGCAGUUCGAGAAGACGCGCAAGGUCAGUGGCCCGCGUGCGCUGCAGCCCAGUCAAUGGGGCAUGCUGUGCCCAAGUGAUACACCCGAGGGAGAGGCGUGCGGCCUGGUCAAGAAUCUGGCGCUUAUGACCCACAUCACGACGGACGUAGAAGAGGAACCGAUUAUCAAGAUAGCAUUCAUGCUCGGCGUUGAAGAUAUCAGUCUGGUUACUGGAGCAGAAAUUUACGGCCCGAAUGUUUUCGUCGUCAAUGUCAACGGAACCAUCAUUGGUCUCACUCGUUACCCGACCCGUUUCGUCAGUAAUUUCCGGAAGCUACGACGCGCCGGGAGGUUCAGCGAAUUCGUCAGUGUAUACAUCAACCAUCACCAUCGCACCGUACUCAUCGCCAGCGACGGAGGACGCAUUUGCCGUCCUAUGAUCAUUGUCGAAAACGGCAGGCCUCGCGUAACGUCCGAUCACAUCUUGCAACUCAAGAAAGGUCUACUUACGUUCGAUGACUUCCUGCGCAAAGGUUUGGUGGAGUAUCUGGAUGUCAACGAGGAGAACGAUUCGUACAUAGCGCUCUAUGAGUCGGACAUCGUGCCUAACACGACACACCUAGAGAUCGAACCCUUCACGCUGCUGGGCGCUGUCGCAGGCCUCAUCCCCUAUCCUCACCACAAUCAAUCGCCGCGGAACACAUAUCAAUGUGCCAUGGGUAAACAAGCCAUCGGUGCGAUCGGCUUCAACCAGCUGAACCGCAUUGACACCCUGCUCUACCUCUCCGUAUAUCCGCAACAACCCAUGGUCAAGACAAAGACAAUAGAGUUGAUUGGCUACGACAAACUGCCCGCAGGUCAAAACGCAACGGUAGCAGUUAUGAGUUACUCCGGUUAUGACAUCGAGGAUGCGCUUAUUCUCAACAAGGCCAGUUUGGACCGUGGCUAUGGCCGUUGUCAGGUCCUCCGCAAGAACGCGACGCUAAUAAGGAAGUACCCUAACGGAACAUUCGACCGACUGGCGGACGCACCUCUGGAUGACAACAAUCAAAUUCAGAAGAAGUACGACAUCAUCCAGCCGGAUGGUCUGGCAGGUGUCGGUGAACGUGUCGACCCUGGCGAUGUCUACAUUAACAAGCAGACGCCGACUAAUGCCAAUGACAAUUCAUUUACUGGACAGGCUGCUACCGUACCGUACAAGAACGCGCCCAUGACCUACAAGUCACCUGUCGCGGGGAACAUCGACAAGGUUAUGAUCAGUGACACAGAGAACGACCAAACACUCAUCAAAGUGCUCAUCCGUCAAACCCGACGACCGGAGCUAGGAGACAAAUUCUCGUCGCGACAUGGUCAAAAGGGCGUAUGCGGGUUGAUCGUAAACCAGGAGGAUAUGCCGUUCAAUGAUCAGGGCAUCGUUCCUGACACCAUUAUGAACCCGCAUGGCUUCCCGUCCCGUAUGACAGUGGGUAAGAUGAUCGAGUUGCUGGCUGGGAAGGCAGGUGUACUGGCUGGCAAGCUUCAAUACGGCACGGCGUUCGGUGGCUCCAAGGUGGAGGAUAUGUCGCGCAUCUUGAUUGAGAACGGCUUCAGCUACGCUGGAAAGGACAUGCUUACUAGCGGCAUCACCGGAGAGCCUAUGGAAGCGUACGUUUACUUCGGACCAAUAUAUUAUCAGGUGCGUCUGCCAACGAUCCGUGAACUGACUCUGGCAUUAACUCUCAUGGGGAUAUAUCAGAAACUCAAACACAUGGUGAUGGACAAAAUGCACGCACGAGCAAGGGGACCGCGUGCCACACUGACUCGACAGCCCACUGAAGGACGCUCAAGGGAGGGCGGUCUGCGUCUCGGCGAGAUGGAGCGUGACUGUCUCAUUGGCUAUGGCGCUACACAGCUCUUGCUAGAGCGCCUCAUGAUUUCGUCAGACAAAUUCGAAGUCAACGCCUGCCAGGAGUGCGGUCUCAUGGGUUACAACGGCUGGUGCACAUACUGCAAAAGCUCAAAGAAGAUGGCACAGCUCACCAUCCCUUACGCUGCGAAAUUGUUGUUCCAAGAGCUGAUGGCGAUGAAUGUCGUGCCACGGCUGGUACUGGAUGACGCAUGA